AUGGAUGCCGCUCAAGCAAAACGCAACCGCUUACCUUUCAAAGCUCCACGACGCCAGUCAGAGGCAAACAAAACAACAUCCAAGACAACAACUCGCAAAUUGUCCUCGACAUCUACAGCUUCGGCAUCGAAAUCAACCUCAAAAACAAAACCCUCGUCCAAGACAGCAUCGACCUCGAAUCCGCAAAAACGCAAAGCACAAUCCACAGUAUCUGAUGCUGAAAACCCAAGAAAGCGAAAAGCUCAGCCAAUAUCAAUACCCUCCGACUCCGAAGACUCAGCUGCAUCUGCUCGCUCUAAAGAUAGCGACAAUGGAGACGAUCGAAAUUCAAGCAGAAGCUCCUCCCCCGAACCAGAUUACAUACUCGCCGAGAUCAUCACAAACAACAAACCACGAAACAUCGAAUCCGACGAGCCGGGGAUACCACCCAAACUCCUCACGACGAUUCUACACCAUCAUUUCCAGAAUAAGAAAACCAAAAUUACGAAAGAUGCGAAUGAGGUUGUGGCGAAGUAUAUGGACAUAUUUGUUAGGGAGGCGUUGGCGCGGGCUGCGUUUGAGAGGGCAGAUGCGGCGAGUAAGGAUGGAGGGGGGAAGUAUGCGGGGGAUGGGUUUUUAGAGGUUGAGGAUUUGGAGAAGUUGGCGCCCCAGAUGUUGCUCGAUUUCUGA